AAACAAUGCGUUGGCUUCACAUGUGGCGGAUAAGGCAGCUAAUACCUAAUAAGGUAAAAGUCUUUUGUCUGUGUCAUGAUGGUGCAAGAUUUUCCUGUCGUGUGACAGGCUGCUAGAUCUGCCCCAAGGCAGGAUUUACAGUAAACUCGUAUAGGUGGAGGUGGGUUAGAGAUUAUGAACGAAUCUCAUGAACAACGUCCCACCGGCUGAAGGACACCGACGAUAAGGCAUGGCUAUGCGGAAGCUCCAACAGGAAGUCCAGCUGAAAAGUUGAUAAAGCUAGGCGGCUAGCGGCGCAAGUGGGCGCGAUUCUUCACGAAGAAGGUGGGUUAUUAAAGUUGACAGCGUAGUUAAGAGAAGCCAGAGACUGUUCGUGUAUCGGGUAAGGAGAAAAGAGGAGGCGUUAACUCGAAAUCCUCUGACUGAUACGUGUAACACGCCGCGGAAUGUGUGCGAGGUGUGACCAUUGAGCAAGAGGUCCGAACCGGUGUUGAGCUGAUAAACGUACCUCUGCUGCGCAAAGCACCCCUUCACACCGGAAGUGAACAUCAAGACAACUAUUUUUAACUUGUAUCUCAAAUUCACAAUUUGAUUUAACGUUUUAUAACCCUCUAAUGGUUUAUUUGAUAAUUAUGUAGUUUAAAUUAGUUUUUGUGGUAAACUAUGACGAAUUUUGAAUUAUUUCGACAACAAUGCCAAGAAAUAAAUAAUCAGUUAAUGCGUAUAUUGUAGUAGCUAAUCUAUUUUUAAAACCCAAAUACUUAUCAAAAUUUAACCGUGGCAAUCAAAUUUAAAGAAGUUCGCCCGCUUGCUUUCCGCAUGAGGAGUGCUUUUCCGGAAGGGAUGCGUUUUUCGGCACAACACCGCAGCUAACCUCACACCCUGGAGAGAAUCAAAGGUUUCGGAGGUGUGGAGAUAAAUCCAAAAUAUGGAGGACUCCAGCAACAACAAGCCAUAUGUGGUGACGUCGUCUUUGAACUUCAAAGUCACCACGCCGUCCUUCUACAACCAGCCUAAGAAGUUUUCUUCUGUGGCACCACCAAAGCCCAAAAGCCAGACCCCACCCACCGCUCCGUCACCAACACCUCUGGGCACAGCUGUUAUUGGUCGAGUGGGGGACCUGCCUCCACCACCCUCUUCUGUCUGUGAUGAAUUCCCUCCUCCGCCGCCGCCUCCAAUGGACGAUGAUUUGCCAGCCCCUCCUCCCGUAUGCCACCUCCUACCCUCUGAUGCCCCCCCUUCGUUCCCCGCUCCACCUCCGGUAGCAGAUGACCUGCCCCUGCCUGCUCCCCCUGAGGAGAGUGCCUGUCCUCCCAUCUGUCCCCCUCCACCACCACCUCCACCUCUCCCAUCCUCCAGUUUUCCUACUGCUGCUGGUGCCCCACAGAGAUCAAUGGAGAAGCAGACGAGCUUCGAUAAACAGCUGGAUUCUCUGACUGACUUGUUAUCUGAGAUGGAAACCAGAGGACCUUUUAAUCCCAAGUUACCGAGCCAGUCUGCAUCAGCACCAGCGCCCAAGCCUCCGGGCCCUCCUCGCACGGCGCCCAAACCGGCCGUCUCUUUCCUACCGCCUCCUGAGAUGGGAGACCGCCCCCCUCCGGCGCCCUGGGCAGAGGAACUCAGAGCCAGAACAAACCGACAUCCCAACAACAACUCUGCUCCGAUCUCAAACCCCCCCGCCGUGUCCCCCAAGUCCGGCUUUGGCGGGAGGCCAACCACAUCAUCUGCCUCUUUGGCACAAAAAAUCAACCAGAACCUGAACCAAACAGCCACCCCAACGGUGGCGGCGCCAAAACCUUCCCCUCCAACAGCCACCAGCUCAUUCCCUCCACCUCCUGCAGCUCCUCCGGCUCAACCAAACAAAGUGGCUGCUCCACCCGCUCCUAAUCACAUCAAGAAUUCGCCUUUUGGGAGUCAAGUGAACGCAAACCAAAAACCUUCUGCUGCCGUGUCUCCUCCUCAACCCAAGAUGACGGUGUCCCCACCCUCCUCCUUUACUCGGCCAAUGAAAACCAGCCCUGCGUCGACGCAGCCAUCACCUCCCGGCCCAGUUCCUAUUCCCGGUGGAGGUGUUCCUCUAAACAUGAGGGAGGUGGAGGAGCUGGAGAGAAUGACCAAUGAUUUCAUCAAAAACAUGGACAAACAAGCACCUGUCAUCACCUCCCCUCCAACAGAGGUCUGUGGGAAGUGUGGCGAGGCUCUCUCCCGGUCUCAGCCAGCAGUGAAAGCCAUGGAUAAACUCUUCCACUCCAACUGCUUCUGCUGCAUGAGCUGCCACCGCCCCCUGCAGGGCAUGCAGUUCUACGACCGGGACGGCUCCCCUCAGUGUGAAGACUGCUACACGAGCUCCCUGGCCGUGUGCUCUCGAUGUGGGGAGAGAAUCACAGACCGUGUGCUGAAGGCGGUGGGACAAUGUUUCCAUGCUCACUGUUUCCGCUGCAGCACCUGCUCCUGCGUACUGGAGGGGGCGCCCUUCAUCACAGACGACAACAACAACCCCUACUGCGUCCAGGAUUACCACAGGCGUUUCUCUCCUCUGUGCAUGAGCUGUAACGAGCCCAUCGUUCCAAGUCCGGGCAGCGAGGAAACUGUCCGAGUGGUGGCCCUGGACAAGAACUUCCACCUCAAGUGUUACCGCUGUGAGGACUGCGCUCGGCCUCUCUCCAUUGAGGCGGAUGAAAACGGCUGUUACCCGCUGGAUGGCAGGAUCCUGUGUAUGAAGUGCCACACCAAGCGAGCCAAGCAGGCUGCACAGUGAUUGGCUGAUUCUGCAUCAAGAACCAAUAGCACAGGAUUCAUUCCGCUGCAUAUUCGCCUUUACAGCAGGGCUUUAACCUGUGUGUGUGUGUGUGUGUGUGUGUGUGUGUGUGUGUGUGUGUGUGUGUGUGUGUGUGUGUGUGUGUGUGUGUGUGUGUGUGUGUGUGUGUGUGUGUGUGUGUGUGUGUGUGUGUGUGUGUGUGUGUGUGUGUGUGUGUGUGUGUGUGUGUGUGUGUGUGAGAGAGAGAGAGUGUGUGCUGUGGAAAAGAUGUUUGCAUGCAGAUGCAAGCGUAUUCCUCUUCUCAUCGUCUCCUUUAUCCAGUGCAGAGGUAAUGUUCUGUACCAAACUAAGUCCCUUCAUUUAUUAUUCCAGAUCUCCAAUCUCUUGUUUUUUUAUGUGUGUGUGUGUGUGCGCGUGCGUGUGUGUGUGUGUGCUGCAGCAGCAUAGUAUUUGUGCCAAAUCAAUGUUUACGCUAAAAUUACAGCAUAACUUGCACAAGAGCCAUCUGAUGAAAGUUGCCUUUCUUUGUAUCUUGCCUAGAUAUUGUUAACAGGACCAAGAACUGAGAUAUUUCUAUGUGAAGACCUUCGUUUGCGUUGAUAUCAGACGGUUUAAACGGAAUUAUCAAACGCGUGAGACCACCUCGUUUUGCGGGAGGUUGGUGAUAUCAUUAAGACUUUGUCUAAUGCUGUGCCUGCAGAUGUGGUUGUUUGCUGCUUUCUUACCCAGAAGGAGCUUUACAUCAGCCAGUUUACUCUGAUUACAUUUGAAUCGUCUAAAGCUACAACCGCACGAAAGAUGGGACAAAAUAAAACGGUGAAUGUUGCUGUUCGUUUCUGUGACGUGAACGUCUUGAUUUACAGGCAUGCCUUUGACCUCGUGUCUCCUCGUUCCCUCUUUGGUCAUUCUAAAUCAGCUGUUUAUGUAAAAAAAAAAAAGAGAAGCUGAUUCAGAUGUUGUAUUUUUAGAUGCAUGUUUUUUUAUUUUUUAUUAUAUUUUUUUGGAUGCAAAAUGACGAACAAAUAGUCGAGCACAGAUUCCAUCCGUGGGAUCCCUCAUCAGCAGCAUGGCUGGAAACGGGACCUGUAGUUUAACCUUGCACAGUGCCAUAUUGAAUAAAAAUAAAGUAUUCUAUUGUCACUUUAACUCCAAAAAAAUGACUGCACAUGAUGGUAUUUAAAAAAAAAAGUACAAACCUAGCGUUAGGCAUUCCUUACGAUCUCUUUAAAAAUAUAUAAUUUAUAGAUCUAAUAUUAGGUAUGAAAGUUACAAGAAAUAAAAACAAUCUGCAUUAACGGCAAAGUAACACUUACGUGUAGCAAUUAUUAAAACAGAGUCCAAACAUGUUUGUUAUUAAUGCAAAUACCGCUAUUCAUCAGCUGUACUUGAGUUUCUUUAUGUUUGUAAUAAUCCAUGUUAUCCUGACCUCUGUAACAUUUCACUUCCAUAUAUAUCUAUUUUUUUUGUUAUUUGACUGUUCUUUACUUAGAUCUCAGUAAGAGAAGUCAAUCUUGCUCUUGUGUGGUGUCUGGUGCAGUUAAACACCAGAAUGAGCAACAACGAUAGCUGUGCAUGCCUUUCCUCUAGUAUUGUCUUGUGUGUGUUUGUGUGAUGCGUCAGCGACUCGCAUUCAUGUCUUUUGCAUCAGCGUGUCGUUAAGAUGAUGAUCACAGCUGGAUUUACUCGGCGUUGCGUUGGAAAUCGUAUUACAUGUGGCUGCCUUGGCUUUUCAACUCUUUUUAUACUUUUGACGCGUGCGGAUGUGUCAAAACAUCAUUUAGUCUUUCCUUUAUUGGCUGUAAUGAAAGAUCAAAUAAAAGACAAAAAGCUAAUAA